CGGCACACCUGCCCUCUACAGUGCCGUUACUCCAAUUAUCCGAUUAAUUCAACUUUUUUUCUUCGCUGCAUUUUCGAGUUCGCAGAUUGCAUCUUGCAUUGUCCUUACGCCAACUCCUGCGUCCUCCUAAAGACGUAAUGGCGAAACAAAAGAAGAAGGGCCAAUCCGGCCAGGCGAAGAACUACAUCACCCGAACACAAGCUGUGCGCAAACUCCAGAUAUCCCUGCCAGACUUUCGAAGAUUAUGCAUCUUCAAGGGCAUUUACCCUCGUGAACCGAGAAACAUCAAGAAGGCCAACAAGUCUGCAACUCAUUCCACCACAUUUUACUACACAAAAGACAUCCAAUAUCUACUUCAUGAGCCUCUUCUGGGAAAGUUCCGGGAACAAAAGUCGCUGUCGAAAAAGAUAGCGAGGUCAUUGGGUCGCAAUGAAGUACAGGAUGCCGUCCGGUUGGAAAAACAUGGCAUGCCAAAGAUCAAGCUCGACCACAUCGUACGAGAGAGAUAUCCCACCUUUGUCGAUGCCCUGCGAGACCUAGAUGAUGCCCUCUCCCUGCUGUUCCUGUUCGCCAACCUGCCUUCUACAACCGCCGUUCCUGCCAAAGUCAUUUCUAAAUGUCAGCGCCUCUGCCACGAAUUCGAACACUACCUCAUCACGACGCACUCCCUUCGGAAGUCUUUCCUAUCCAUAAAGGGCAUAUACUACCAAGCGACAAUUCAAGGCCAAGACAUCAUGUGGCUGGUGCCCUACAAAUUCGUGCAAAGAGUGACACAAGAUGUGGACUAUAGAAUCAUGGGAACAUUUGUGGAGUUCUACUGCACUUUACUAGGAUUUAUCAACUAUCGACUAUACACAUCUGUCGGUCUUGUCUACCCUCCAAAGUUCGAUGCUGCCAGAGAUGAGCGCGGCGCAGAGUUGGGUGCAUUCACCCUGGAAGGCCGUGGCAUCACAUCAGCGAUUGACCAGGAGCCUCAGCAGAAAGCAUUGACGAAUGGCCACGAGCAAGCGCAGAACUCCGAAGCAGUUCAAGCCCAGAUUGACAAUAUUGCUCAGGAUACCGGCACAGACGAGGAGGUGAAGCAAGACGAACCUACCGGGGAUCAAGCUGACGCUGGUACGAUCGAUACGUUUAUUCCUGCUGCACCUGAGGGAGACACUCUCCCACAACCUGAUCGCACAGGGGAUGCAGCUUCAACUCUGUUCUCGCCCUGUGUCUUCUUCAUUUCCCGGGAAGCUCCUCGCCAUUCGAUAGAAUUCUUGUUACGAGCAUUCGGCUGCAAACGAGUAGGUUGGGAUACAGUUCUCGGCGAAGGUGCGUUCACCCACGAGGAGACGGAUCCUAGAAUCACGCAUCAGAUCGUGGACAGGCCAGCUCUUGCACAACCAUUGCCUAGUCUAGAGGGGCAGGAGACAUCUAAAACAGACCAAAACCUGCAAGUGGUCAAGCCAGGCUUUAUCAUGCCUGGUCGAAUCUACGUUCAGCCUCAAUGGGUUUGGGACUGUGUGAAUGAGGGGAAGCUGCUACAAACGGACAUAUAUGCUCCAGGAGAGACGUUACCGCCACAUUUGAGCCCAUGGGUCAGGCCAACGAGUGGACAAUAUGAUCCUAGAGCGACUCUGGAGGAGCAAGAGCUUGAGGGCGAAGCAGAGGAAGAUGGGGAAGAGGAGGAAACGGCCGAGAUUGAUGGGCCUGAAGAUGAGGAAGAUGAGGAGGAUGAGUCCGAAGAAGAAGACGAAGAAGUCGACGCAGGUGGUAUGGAUGUCGCGGGGUCAGAAGAUGAAUCUGAAGAAGAUGUUGACGAGGUCGACGCAUUUGGUGGAUUCGAAGACGACGCCGAUGAUGCCGCGAAUUCCGACAUCGAUGAGGAAGCCCAGCAUCAAAAAGAACUUGAAGCAGAAGCUUUGGGCGAACCUGUUCCUGUUACACAAACGAACGGAGAGGCUCAGAAGGCUAAAGCCCGCCAAGCGCGGAAAGCAGCUCAAACGAAGAAGGAUGAGGAGAUCGAACGCCAGAAGAUGAUGAUGAGCAACAAGAAGCGGAAAUUGUACGAGAAGAUGCAGUUUUCAAACGCAAAGCGUGAUACAGAGGCUGAGAAGCUGCGUGCUAAGCGACGAAAGGUCGAGCGUACCGGGAAGUCGAAGGCAUGAAAUCCUCAUAGCCGUAGGAAGCUGGCUUGACAAUGUUGGUUGUGCAUA